AUGGACGCAGCGAGAGGGGAGGCAAGAGCCGCCCCUUCCUCCUCCUCACGCGACUCGACCGCAACUUCGUCGACCGAGACUCUCGCCCUCACAGUCUUCUCAGCCACCUCAGCAGACGAUGCCGAGCGCGAGGAUGGCCAGGAUGGAGCAACCGAGCCUCUCCUCGCUCGCGAUAAGGCCGCUUUAGGGGCGUUUCUUGACGAGGAGAAGGCGUUGACGGCUGCGCAGCGACCGCCGAGUCGAUGGCGUAGAGUUUUGCCUCUCGCAGGAGCGGCUGUCGUCUUUGGCAUGCUCGUGUGGAGCAGCGCGACCUUCAUUCGUGUCCUCCUCCAACAGCGACAUGGCGUGGUUCCUUCUGUCACCCUGCCGUCUACAUCCGACUCGACGAACGCCUCGACUCUAUCUUUCACACAACAGUACCUGUCCGAUACCUCGAACUCGAACGUGGGCGUCAUCCCCUUCCCUUCGACACUGUACGACCCCGUUCUCCGCCCCAAACCGCUCGACCACACCUUAUCGACUGGAAGGUGGACGCCCCGGUGUCUCGAGCGCUACAUCGCAUCAGGCGUUCUAUGUGACGAACUCGACGGACGGUGGAAGGACGCCCCACCAAAACUGGACGUGAUCUGGACUUGGGUGAACGGGAGCAGUGCGGAGCUGAUGGCGGACUGGCGCAAUAAGGUGGCAGCCGAUGGAGGGUGGCGGAUAAGGCUGCGACGAGCGUUGCAAGCUGGUGCGGCUGCGGUCGUCAAACACUUUCGAGAACACGACGAACUACGCUACUCGAUGCGCUCGGCCCUUGCCUCCCUCCCCGACGUAUCUAUCGCCACGCUCCACCUCGUCGUCGGCGACACGCCCGCCUACUCGCCCUUCGCUCCGCCAGCACUCGACGCCGCUUCUCCCGCGAACGCAACUCGCUUUGCCCAAAUCCCGCACUGGCUCGGUUUGUCAAACAUCGGUUUGUCCGAGCCGGCUUCGACGGUCCCUUCGCUGCGAAUACCAUCGCUGCUCGUCCACCCACACAGCGAGCUCUUCAAGAGCGCGCAGCCUGACAGCGAUGAAACGCAAGCCGCAGAUUGGCGUACUUCAGUCGUCCCCAGCUUCAACAGUCUCGCGAUCGAAAGCCAAUUGCCCAACCUCCCCUCGACCGCGCAGACUGCGCUCUACCUCAACGAUGACUUCUUUCUCAUGCGCACCCUCGCCUUCACCGACCUCGCCUCGCCCCUCAGCGGUCCCGUCUUCCGCAUGCAGCGCGACUUGCUCGUCGGCGGUGUCGCACCUGGCACCUCAACGGACGAUCCGGACGGAGAGUGGAAAGGGCUAGGCUAUAGCAACUGGUUACUCGAUCAACGCUUCGGCAAGCGGAAGAGGCCGUACCUCGUGCACGUAGCCAAGACGAUCUCGAUGCCCCUCCUGCGCGAAGUGCAACUGGUCUUUCACGAGGAGCUUUCGGCAACUGCCGAAGCACGCUUUCGAGGUAAGGCGCCGAACGAGGUGCAGCCGCUUUUUCUUGCGACCAUGUACAUCAUCGAGCGGCAUCGCGAGGCGCUGCUCUGGUCCUUCCUCGUCGCCCGUACGGACGCCGACCACUCCGGCGCCUACUCCGCCAGCGAGCGGGGCGCUCUUCUCGUCGACUUGGGCGUCGAUCCUGCCGAAGCUCCCCAAUGCCCACUCAUCGCUGUCCCACGACCUCGGCGCGACACCGUUCGCGCACUAGCAGAGGACCACGCCAAAGCCGGCCUUCCCAACCCGCUCGAAACGACGACCGAAUUCUCCUCUCACGAUGGCUACGCCCUCCUCGGCCUCGAAACGAAGAUGCCCUUCGUCUAUCCAUCGAGAGAGUGGCCCGCCUUGCCUCUCUCCGCGGCACCCUCAUCAGACCCGAUUUGCGUUCUCGACAUCAAGUCUUGCUUUGGCGACGACUUUGUCUCGCUCGACGAGCGCAAGGUGGACGUCUCGACGGUCUUCAAGCGCGUUGCGUUCGAGCAGACGCACUGCGGAGACUGCCUUAUGGCCUUGUUGGUCGGCAAGAGCGGAUCAAGAGGGCUGGGGGCGUUCUUGCCGGAGGAAGAGGAAGCGGUGGAGGUGGCCGAGAUGCCGGUCGUCACGCUUCCAGGUUCGAUGAAAACGAGAUGGCAGGACGUGGACUACGCUGCGCCCCUCGACGGACCCGGAACGCUUCGUCAAAAGGCCGCCGCCCUUAUCCAGCGGUACUCUUACACCCUCGGUUCCUCCCCCUCAUCCUUCCAAUCCAUCCGCUACGCCGGACCCAGCCUCUCAACCCGGCUAGACCAGCUCGUCUGUCCUCCCUCCGGCACUGCUCCUCCCGCCUUCGUCGCUCUCAACGACGACAUAGGAGCGACUUCGAGCGACGCGCUUCGGGAUAUAGAUCGAAGGAUGAAGGAGUGGUUCGAGGAUACAUGGCCGGAGAAGGCUCCUUCGGAGCAGUAG